AUGUUGAUUCCUGACGGGUAUCUGACUGAAGAACGCAAAGCCGAGAAUCCAGAUAAGGAUACCUUUCAUACUUUCUUCUCUGAGACAGGAAGCGGCAAAUAUGUUCCCCGAACGAUAUAUUGCGAUCUCGAACCGAAUGUGGUUGACGAGGUUCGCACUGGUACCUAUCGCCAGCUCUUCCACCCUGCCCAGAUGAUCACCGGAAAGGAAGACGCUUCGAACAACUUUGCUCGUGGACACUAUACUAUCGGCAGAGAGAUAAUCGACGAUGUUGUGGAAAGAGUUAACCGUCUUGCUGAGAACUGUGAUGACCUGCAAGGAUUCUUACUCUUCCACUCCCUGGGUGGUGGUACGGGUUCGGGUUUUGGAACACUUCUCCUAGAGCGCCUAGCCACCCACUUUGCAAAGAAGAGCAAGCUUGAGUUUUGUGUCUACCCUGCUCCCAACCUGUCAACUUCGGUAGUCGAGCCGUACAAUUCGGUACUGGCUACAAGCUCGACUAUGGAAUUAUCGGAUUGCAGCUUCCUCCUUGACAACGAAGCCAUCUAUGAUAUCUGCACGAAGCAGCUCACCAUUGAACGGCCAGGGCUAGAAAACUUGAACCGUCUCGUGGCACAAGGUAAGCAGUUUGAUACUUGUUUUUAA